AUGCCGAUCCAAUUAUCGAUUGAGGUCAAGCAGCCUAAGAGAACAAGCUCCCCUAAAAGAAUUUACCAAACGUCAUCAGCGAGUAGCAAUGUACCUCACCAAGAAACUCAAAUUAAUAACAACACUCGGAAUGUAAAUUAUUCAAAUCAACCACAUAAAAUUGUAGAAUCCAUGAUUUGGAGGCCAAUAACCGAACAACCAGCAACACCUUCCCCUAGACAUAAGGACAACGGUCCCAAGAGAUACAACAAAUACAACAAAACCAAUGAUCCCAAUACCACAACCAUAACAUCAACAAGUAUUGCAACAAGAAAUUUCGUCCGAUCAUCCAUUGUAAAUAUUAGUUCGGACGAUCUGAAAGAACCCAAAAAAACAAAGCGAAAAAAGUAUGCCAUUCAAGCCUUUCUACCUAAACAAAAACUUAAUCCAAAGUUUGAAAUUAAUAUGAACAGAUAUAGAGCUGAAUAUCAAUUUGUCAAGGAUCAGAUGAGACAGAUGGAGGAGAGAAUGAAAUAUUUGAAUGAAGACAGCUUUGGCGAAGACGGCGAUGCCAUUGCAUUUUCAGAAGGUGUAUUGGAGGAGUACAAAAUUGUUGAGGAUUCUGAAGAACCAACUGUACCUCCUCUGCCUUCUGUUGCUUCACCUUCACAGAUUAGUAUGAGAAGAACACAGUCAGCUUCAUCAAUUAAUAGACCAAAAAGUGUUUUACAAGCAAAAAGCCCUACACGCGUGAGGCCCCAACAACGAUUUGAUCCCGCUGUUCAUUCAUCAGAAAUAUUUCACGGUGACACUUCAUCUUUUGGAAGCAUGACAAGGUCGGUUACUAUAACAAGGCCAAAACAGUUUUUCGCAAGGACCAAGCGUGCCAAAAGUCAAAAAACAAAUGAAGUAUCUUCCCCAAGCAAUAGUGACAGUAGUAGUGUCAGACACUCCGUUUCAGGGGAAUUUUUGAGAAAAUCUCUCCCGCAAUAUUCCAAGUCAUCCCUUAGACAGUCACACACAGCAUCCACCAAAAGUAUUCUCAGAAGCUGCAAAGACUUUGAUCAAAUUGGUCGACCAGUGUCACAAGGAAGUAACAGAACAAGGUAA